GUUGUUGCAAAUAUCAGGACAACAUCAAAGCGCGUCGCACCCACCAAGACUGGUGUGCAGCACGAUAAUGUGCUAUUACCAUUAGAACAUGUGCAAUUGACAAAUAUAACUUGAUGAUUUUGUCUUGUCUUGUAAUAGCUAGGAGGCGCAAGUAGAGAGCGCUGAGCUAGGCGAGGGCCCGCGAGGCUCGCGCUGGACAGUGCAAGCCUCGCGGACGGCAAUUACACGUCUAAAUUAGCUCGGAAGCCACCGAGGAGAGCCUAGGCGGUGAAGAUGGCGCCCAAACAGAAUGCCCAGCCACGGCGCGCUCUGCGCGAACGCAAGGUGUCGCAGCGCAUGGCCGUCGUAGAUGAGACAACCCGCUUACAGGCCGCACAAGCUCGGCUGGAUGCGCUAGAGAACGACAAUGACGCUGGGGAGGCGUUCGGCAUGGCCAGCGACGAUGAGGAGUUCAACCUGGAGGACGAAGAGGAGGACGAGGAGGUGGGCGGCAAGAAGAAGAAGGGCAAGAAGGCAGGUGGCAAGCGCAAGCUCCGCGGCAUUGGCGGCGACAGGCGGGGGCCCAAGAACUUCUCGCGUCUGCUGGACGAUGCUGAGCUGGACCGGCUGCCUGCCAACAAGGCCAGCUACCUGACCACCGCAGCGCGGCCCUCCACCACCAGCGCCAUGCGCAAGUUCUGCUCCGUGUGCGGCAACGUGUCUGGCUGGCAACGUUGCAUUCCAUGACUGACUCCCGCCUCUGCGGCUAUGCUGUGCAUGCC